UGCUGCUCUCUAUCUCCGUGUUUACAAUUUCCAGCGCGGGAAGAGAAGAGCACUCGGUCGACGUACAUUGUUGUUGUUGUUUUUUUUGUCGGCCAAUAUGGCGGCGAAGCGAGGCGCCCUCAUAGUGCUGGAGGGGGUGGACAAAGCAGGCAAGACCACCCAGUGCAAGAAGCUGGUGCAGGCGCUGCAGCAGAGCGGACACCCGGCGGAGAUGAUGAGGUUUCCAGACAGAAGCACGACAAUCGGAAAGCUGAUCAGCGCUUACCUGGAGAAAAAGAGCGAGCUGGAGGACCACACGGUGCACCUUCUCUUCUCCGCCAACCGCUGGGAAAUGGGUUUCAGUCUGGAGUGGUGCACCAGGCCGGACGUGGGUCUGCCCAAGCCGGACACGGUCCUCUUCCUGCGCCUGAGCCCGGCCGAGGCGGCUUUGCGAGGUCGCUACGGCGAGGAGCGCUACGAGGACGCCGCCUUCCAGAGCGCCGUGCUCGAGCGCUUCUCGCAGCUCAUGGACGACCCGUCCGUCAACUGGAAGGUGAGCACGCCGAAGACCGACUUUGUUUCCUCAGCGCUCGGUCCGCUUCCUUCCUCACGUCGCGCCCUCGUCCCGCGCAGGUGGUGGACGCGUCCGGGCGCGUGGAUGACGUUCACGGCGACAUCGUCCAGAAAAGCCUGGACGUCAUCCGCACGGCGCAGACGCAACCUCUCGGGGAGCUCUGGAAGUGAGCGGUCGCCGCCGCUAACUUUGCCUUUACUAAUAAAGGGGAAUCAUGUCCAAGCAUCGUGUCGCAAAACAUUAAAGUUGAACUAUUUAUAUUUGUCAUUUUUUGAUGGUAUAAAAUAAAGUUCAAUGAGAGUUUAAUUCGUCGUGUAUCUCAAAUCAUCUUACGCCGUUGAAAUGACGACAAAAGCCAUGAAUCGAUUCCAGCCCCCUAAAAAAAAAUAAGUAUUUUUUUGGGUUGUUUUUUCAUAAGAAAAAUUGCACUUAACAGUAUUACGAGAAAUUAGAAAAAAAUAUAUUUUCCGAGUUUAGGAGAGAACAAUUGUCAACAUGAAAAAUAAAAAUCAUUAUUUUACUCAAAUGGUCAUAAUUUAGGAGAAUUUUUUUUUUUUCAAUUUCGAGUAUCGUACUGCAUAAAAAUACAGUAAUACAUUCGCUCACCACAUAACCUGCAAGCACAAAAAAACGUGAGCACAAAACACAACUGUACACAAUAUGUUGUCCUUCCUUGUUCUUCUUCUGUGGUGUCGACUGGCAGCUGCCAAACCAGCUUAUUAGUGUAUUGAUGUUGUCCUUCCACUGCAAGGAAACCAAUGUGAAUUGAUGUUGGCCGGAUAUUUUCAAGUUUGCUGGCGCCAUCUAGCAGUGGGGAGUCUGAAGCGCACGUGUGUAUCAACCUUUUACUCUUAUCUCAAGACAAAAACAAUAAUAAUUCAGCCAAGCGACGCCUUGUAUCUCGAAGUGAAGGCACCACUGUAUUAUGAGGAAAAAGUUUGCGUUAUACUAGAAUAAAGUUGUCACUUAUUUCUUGUCAUUAAACAACUUUACUUUUAAAAUGACAA